GUACAAUCAUGGUAAAUGGUCCCGAGUAUACAAUCAUGUUCUAGUUCUACCUCUCUGCAUUCAGUCACUAGGAUUCUCUCUUGUUUGUCUCUCCCUCUAAGAUGAAAUCCCUCACUUUCCUCACCUUCUUCCUCCUCUCUCUACUCCUACUCCCCUUUGUCAGCCGUGCUGAAGAAAGGGACUCGUGCGCCCCUGAAGAAACCGACCUCAACAGGUCCAAAGCCCUGAGCCUCAAGCUCACCGCCAUCGGCUGCAUACUCUUUGCUGGAGCAGUGGGAGUAUGCAUUCCCAUUGUGGGGCGAUCGAUCCCAGCCCUCAAACCCGAACGCAACCCUUUCUUCCUUAUCAAAGCCUUUGCCGCCGGUGUUAUCUUAGCCACCGGGUUUAUUCAUUUGCUCCCGGAUGCUUUUGAUAAACUAGUCGAUCCCUGCUUGAAUAGGAAACCAUGGAAUAAGUUCCCUUUUGCUGGUUUUGUGGCCAUGCUUUCCGCCCUAGGAACACUUACUGUGGACACCUUGGCCACUGGUUAUUAUCAAAUGGUUCAUUUUCAGAGCCCACAAGUUCCUGCUAAUGGUGAAAAUGCUGAGAGGAAUGAGGCAGAUCAUGUGCAUACACAUGGGACUCAUGGACAUUCACAUGGUGCGGUUGAGCAUGGUGGGGCUGAAACCCUUAGGCACAUGGUCAUCUCUCAGGCAAAGUUCAAGAAUAGAGCUACUGCAUCUAUGGCCCUCUUCUUCUCGAUUACAACUCCUGUUGGAAUUGCAGUGGGCAUAGCAAUUGCGUCAAGAUAUCAUGAAAACAGGCGUACAGCUCUCAUAGUCGAAGGCGUCUUCAACGCAGCAUCUGCAGGAAUUCUCAUUUAUAUGUCACUUGUGGAUCUCUUGGCCGCUGAUUUCAUGAAUCCGAAGAUGCAAAGCAAUGGAAAACUUCAGUCAUUUGCGAAUGCUGCACUUCUUUUUGGGGCUGGAGCUAUGUCUUUCAUGGCCAAAUGGGCAUGAGCCAGAGCGUUUGCUUUUUGUGUUUCUCUUUCUCUGGUACUGUUAAAACACAUUAGAGCCUGGACCAUAUACGUAAAUUCUGGAUGAUUUUGUU